GGUCUGACCUAUUCGGCGCGCCAACUGAGCCGUCGCACCAAAUCAAUCUUUUGGAGGUUGUUCUUACUUUUGACCUCAGGUGACCUUUUUCAUCCGUCUUUUCCUUUUUCUUCGUUGCUGCAUAGUCUGUCUGUCUCGUUUUCUCUUCCACUGCUUGGCUACAUACACGUCGGGCGCAUAAUGGCGACCAGCACAAGCUCUCCUCCGAUUCCGGCCUCGAUCCUUAUCGUCGGAUCCGGCGUUUUUGGACUUUCCACUGCAUAUGCCCUUGCGACGGAUCCGGACUUCAAGGAUACAGAAAUCACGGUCGUUGAUCGCCAGGAAUUUCCUGCUGCAGAUGCUUCAAGUAUCGACACCUCUCGCAUCAUCCGCGCCGACUACGCCGACCCCGCCUACGCUGCUCUCGCCUUCGAAGCGCAAUCCCACUGGCGCGGCACCUGGGGCCUUGACGGCCGGUACACCGAGACAGGCCUUUGCGUCGUAGCUGAGCCCGGCUCCGAUGCCUAUGUGCGCAGCAGCCUCUCCAACGUCCGCUCCCUCCUGGCCCAAUACGGCGACCCUCGAACCGACAAAUCGCUUCCCCCGGUCGAGGAGCUCAACUCCCAGGAUGCCAUCAGGAAGGUCAUGGGCAAAGGCCCAGUGAGCGGAAGCACGGGGUACUUGAACCGCAUGAGCGGCUGGGCCGACGCGGAGGCCAGCAUGCGCUAUCUGGGCGCCCUGGUGCGCGCAACGCAAAGAGUCACCUUCGUCCAGGGCACCGUCGACAACCUCCUCUUCACUCCCUCACCAUCACCCUCCGCAUCCGCACCCAGCUCCGUCGCCGGCGUCCGCCUCAGCACAUCCACCACCACCCUGACCGCCGACCUGACCAUCCUCGCCUGCGGCGCCUGGACAUCCGCCCUCCUCGACACCCGCGGCAUCGCCCGCGCCACGGGCCAGAUCGUCGCGUACGUGCCCCUGUCACAGCACGAAACGAGCACUCUGCACUCCUGUCCUACCCUGCUCAAUCUCGACAACGGCAUGUUCAUCAUCCCGCCCAGCAGCGCCCAUUCCACGCUCAAAGUCGCCCGCCACGGCCACGGCUACGUGAAUCCGUCCCGUAUCCCGCACCCCGAAGCCGCUGCUCGGCCCGGUCAUCGGCAGGAGACUAUCACAACCAGUCUGCCGCGCACACAUCUCACCUCCCCGCCUCAACUCGGGCUCCCGCGCGAAGCGAACCACGCUCUGAGAUCAUUCCUGCAAUCCUCCCUCGCUCUAUUAUCCGUGCCGUCGACCUCACCCUCGAGUCCAACCCCACAAGACCCCUUCUCCCCAUCCUUCCCCUCCUCCCCCUCUUCCACCCCUGCGCCCCCACCCAUCGCCGCCCGCGCAUUCAGCCAGACCCGUCUGUGCUGGUACACCGACACGCCGACGGGCGACUUCAUAAUCGACUACCACCCGGCGUACGCCUCGUCGCUCUUCGUCGCUACGGGCGGCAGCGGCCACGCGUUCAAGUUCUUGCCUGUUAUUGGGGAGAAGAUUGUGUUGUGUGUUAAGGGGCGGAGGGGGGAUGUUGCGGCGGCUGGGGUGGGUGGGGUGUUUGAUGGGAAGUGGAGGUGGAGGGGGGAGAGGGUGGAGGAGGAGGGGUUUGAGGGGGAUGGGAGUAGGGGUGGGGAGAGGGGGAUGGUGCUUGGGGUGGAGAUGGGGAGGGAGGGGAGGGGGUGGAGGCUUUAG